GCAGUUGGUUUCGUCUGUUGCCGAUGUGUGUCGGUGUUCUUCCUGAAAAGACACUCGCAUUGAAGCCGCUGAUGUCGCCGCAGAGAGGUCGCUAGGUUAAGAUCUUCUCAGUCUGCUCUCGCUUGUCCGUGAACCAUCCGCUCUCAGAUUAAACCCAGGGUUCUUCGCUUCAGAACUUCGUCCUUUUAGAUGCCGCUCAGCCUUCUCAAAUGGCUUGCUGUCUGAAGGACGAGCUCCUCUGUUCCAUCUGCCUCAGCAUCUACCAGGACCCCGUCAGCUUCGGCUGCGAGCAUUACUUCUGCAGGAAGUGCAUCACCGAGCACUGGAGCAGGCAGGAGCCGCACGGGACGCGGGACUGCCCCGAGUGCCGCCGGACCUUCGCCGAUCCGCUGCUGUCUCCAAGCCUCAAGCUGUCCAACAUUGUGGAGCGCUACUCGGCCUUCCCGCUCGACGCCAUCCUGAACGCGCAGAGGAGCUCCUACCCCUGCAAGGACCACGAGAAGGUCAAGCUCUUCUGCCUGACGGACAAAAGCCUGGUGUGCUUCUUCUGUGACGAGCCGGCGCUUCACGAGCAGCACCAGGUGACCACCAUCGACGAGGCGUACGAGGAGAUUCAGAGGGAGAUGAAGGAGCAGCUGGCUUCGCUGCAGGACAGCGAGAAGGGACACUCGGAGGCCCUCCAUCUCCUGCGGAGACAGCUCACGGAGACCAAGUCUUCAGCCAAGAGUCUCCGUGCAACCAUCGGCGAUGCGUUCGAGCGGCUUCACCGCUUCCUCCGAGAGCGCCAGAAGAGCAUGCUGGAGGAGCUGGAGAUGGACACGGCCCGCAAGCUGGCCGACAUCGAGCAGAAGAUCCAGUGCUACAGCCAGCAGCUGCGCGACGUCAAGGAGGGCAUCCAAAUCCUGCAGGAGCGCCUCAGCGAGACGGGCCGCCACGACUUCCUGGAGGGCGUGGCCAUCACAUCCGAGAGGGUUAAAGGGAAGAUACACGAGACCAAUCUGACUUAUGAGGACUUCCCAACGUCCAAGUACAUGGGGCCCCUGCAGUACACAAUCUGGAAAUCGCUCUUCCAAGACAUUUCACCAGUGCCAGGAGCUCUGACCCUUGACCCCAUCACAGCCCACCAAAGACUGAUCCUGUCAGAUGACUCCACCAUCGUGGCCUACGGGAAUCUCCACCCGCAGCCUCUGCAGGACUCGCCGCGGCGCUUCGACGUGGAGGUCUCCGUCCUGGGCGCCGAGGGCUUCGUGUCGGGCGUCCACUACUGGGAGGUGAUGGUGUCGGAGAAGACGCAGUGGAUGAUCGGCGUGGCCAACGAGACGGUGAGCCGCAAGGGCAGCAUCCAGAUCCAGCCCAGCCGCGGCUUCUACUGCAUCGUGAUGCACGACGGCAACCAGUACAGCGCCUGCACCGAGCCCUGGACGCGCCUCAACGUCAAGAGCAAGCUGGAGAAGGUGGGGGUGUUCCUGGACUACCCGAAAGGCCUGCUCAUCUUCUACAACGCAGACGACAUGUCCUGGCUCUACACGUAUCGGGAGAAAUUCACCUCCAAGGUCUUCCCUUAUUUCAGCCCCGGCCAGAGCCACGCCAACGGCAAGAACGUGCAGCCGCUGCGCAUCAACACCGUGCGGCUUUAAGGGGAAACGCCGGCUGGUUGCAGAUGACCAAACAGAUGAUUGAAUCUUAGGUGACAGAAAUGUUUAAAAAUGUAUAUCGGGGGUGUUAAAGUGUUUUCUUCAGUUCUGUCAAGAAUCAUGCUUUGCGAAAUGUUUAUUUUUUAAGGACCUUAAAGUUGUCAUUUGCACUUGGACCUCAUUGAGCAUCCUGUUAGGAACAAAGAUGACACCAAGUGGAGAAACGUCGGCGGUUCUCCUGGGCUUUGACAGACGGAGACAAAGAACGUUCCUCUUAGAGUCGCUGUCUGAGGCCCACCUCACACUCCCAGGCGACUCGCUCUCACUAUAAACUCACGCCUGUCAGGCUCCAUGUCGCCUGUUUGUUUCCAAACAAGUGCACCAGUGAAGAACAGCCACUUGUCUCCUGCUACACUGCUGGCUUCCUGUGCUAGCUGUGAUUGACAGUAUGCCUGUUUGGUUUUUUUUCUCCGUUUUUCAGACGGUGACUCACUCGUGUCAAGUGUGCUCGUAUCUUGGGGUUGUUGCUCUUUUGAUUUUUGUAAGUUAAUUUGUGGAUUUUGGCUUCAGAAGAGCCUUAAAUAAGAGAGUGUCAUUUUUGUUUUGGACUAUUAUGUUUCUUCCUGCAGUCGCUGUCUGUGUAGUCCGUCAUUGUGAAGAAAACCUGUGUGUGUUCUGUUUUAUUUCUAAACACUUAAGAGUAGAAGAGAACUACUUGCAGUGUCUUGCAAAAGUAUUCACACUUAUAUUUUGUCCCAUUACAAACAGAAUUUAAAGGUAUUUCAUGUGACUGAUCAAAACAAAGUGAGCUUGAUGUGAAGUGAAGAAGGAUACAUGGUCUCUGAAAAGUGUGGCAUGCAUUUGUAGUCAACCCCUUUUCUUUGCAAAACAGGUCAUGCUCAGACUGGAUGGAGAACUGGAUGAAGUUUUAACAUAGAUUGUCCA